CCUGUAGUGGUUGUGGGAGGCCAGGGGCCAGGCAGCGCUGAUGACCUCUGCCGGUGUCGUGAUUGGCAAGUGCCGGGAGGCCCCGGCCUAUGUUGUUGUUAUGCUUGUGCCAUGGCGCAGCAUAAGGUUGGAAGCGUCCGGCUCCGUUGCAGAAGCCAGCCUUCACGUGCUUGACGCUCUCGACGUGGGAAAUGUACAACCCAUCAUCGAAUCUAUGAUUCCGACUGUUGUUGGUUGUUGUUUUGCCUUGACAGCGCGACUUCAGCUUCAUGCUUCCUCCUCAUGCUGUCACUGUCAAAACCAGCGGGUCGAGCCAAGAUCAAGGGCCAGAUCGGCGACUCCAACAACAGUGGAUCCACGAUUGCCUUUGGGCGGGUUACAGCGCACAUGGGACCCCGGGCUUUUCCCCUGCAUGUAUUUCCCUGUUCUUGACCAUGUGGCCGUGGCUGCAUCACCGGCAGAGAGCAUAACGCCACGCAAAUUGGGUCAAGGGAGGGAGCAACAGCAACAGCAACGCCACGACGAUCACGGGCGACGACGACCACCACCACCACCACAACAACAACGGCAGCCAGUUAGAGGCAUGCAGGACAGCAUGGGCCUAGAUCCUGGAGCGGCCCUUGUGGUAUCGCCAGCUGAAGCCCGAUCCGAAUGCAACGCUCUUUGUCACUUUCCAGAAAGGGGCAUCGAAAGCCUUGGCAAAGCGGUAGGCUGA